GAAACAGACGUCAAUACUGUCAAUUGGUGAGCGAUCGACAACUUGUCUAUGGUCUUUUUCUUUCCUUUCACUUCAUGAACAUACAAUCUGCCCUGCCUCAAGAUAAAUAUUGCAGCUGAAAAGGCUUUCUAUAAAACAAACGCUCCAGACCACCCCUCAUGCGAUUCUCUCCCCUCUUCUCGACCCUCAUCUUCACAGUUUCCAGCUUCACCCGCGUUCGGGCCUCGUCACGCCUCACAUCCACACUCCGCGUUCGCAACACACCUCUCCGCGCUUCCAUGCCCAUCCCUUUCAUCAGCUCGUUCUUCAGCUCCUCGUCCCCGUCCGAAAAGAUGUCUUACCCCGAUCAGCGGACCAGCGACGAGUGGCGCGCCGUCCUCAACAAGGAGCAAUUCCGCAUCCUCCGCGAGAAGGGCACCGAGGCCCCCGGCUCCGGCGAGUUUGACAAGCACUACCCCUCCGAGGGCGUCUACGCAUGCGCCGGCUGCUCUGCACCCCUCUACAAGGCCAACCACAAGUUCAAGUCGGGCUGUGGCUGGCCUGCCUACUUUGACAGCCUCCCCGGCGCCGUCACCCGCCACGAGGACCGCGCAUUCGGCAUGGCGCGCACUGAGAUUGUCUGCUCCAACUGCGGGGGCCACCUCGGCCACGUCUUCAAGGGGGAAGGGUUCCCUACGCCGACUGACGAGCGACACUGCGUCAACAGCGUCAGCCUGACCUUCUCGCCCGAAGACAAGGCACAGGCGGACGGUGCUGCGAGAGAAAGCAAGGCUUGAGAUGGUUCAUUUCGUCGGCGUGUUUCAUUUUUCGGCGGGAGAUGUAGGUGUUUGAGAGGCUGAGGAGUGGAGUCUGGCGUGGGCUUGUUGCCGACCUUGUUGUCCUGGAUGGCUGAGAUGCGGUGUUCAUCAUGGGGCCGAAUAGUCGGGUUUGAGUUAUGCUUGAUACCUUGCAAAGUGUGUCUGCAUCUGGACAUUGCUCUC